AUGGUAGAGAAAGCUGUGAUUUAUUGCUGGACAAACUACUAUACUACAAGUUCCUUGCUGUCGCUACCGCCUCACAACCAUCCUACUUCACAAUAUCUUCUGCAUUACGCUAGAUGGUCUGUCAGUCUACACGAUGUAGAGAAGCCCCAGGAUGACUUAUGCGCUGGCUUUACUAUUGAAUCCGCGUUUCCCUUGAGCAAUUUUUCAACUGGACGAUCCUACGUGAGACUGGCUGAUAAUUCUCGAUGCAGGGAAUGGGGUGAGGAGUAUAUAACAAUGCCCACUCAGGGGAUUGUGGACCUACUAUGGAAUAGAUCGCUUACGAUUGAACCGCCAUUCAAAUGCAUGGACUGUGACCAGCUACCCGCUAUUUCUAUUGGUUCCUUCACUCCUAUUCGCUCAUAA